GCCUAAAAUUCAGUCAUUUUUUAACUAACUUGUGUUCAUCAUUUUAUUAAAGAUAUACUUGGUUCCUUUACUUCAGGGAAAUGGAUUUGUUGCUAGUUCCUUAUUCAUCAGAUCCAGGGCUGAAGAUUAUUCAGUGGCCACCUUUUUUGCUUGCUAGCAAGAUACCAAUAGCAUUGGACAUGGCAGCUCAAUUUAAAUCCAGGGACUCUGAUCUUUGGAAGCGUAUAUGUGCUGAUGAAUACAUGAAAUGUGCAGUGAUUGACUGUUAUGAAUUUUUCAAGCAUGUCUUGAGCAUUCUUGUGGUUGGAGAUAAUGAAAAAAGGUUAUAUUGGUAGCAAUUGGUUUCUCUACAAGUAGGAUAUAUAAUUCUGUUUGUUUCAGUUUCUAGAAAUCGAAGAGUCAGAAUAAAACUAAUGUCUAGUUUUGUAGUCUAUAAUGUAAAUGAGUUACAGUUCUUACAGUUUCUGAAACUUCUUUGUCACACUUAAAAUUUGCAGUUACAUAUCAAGAUUUCAAAACAAAAUUUAAAAACUGGAAAAGGUACUGGGUAAUUACAUUGUUUUUUUUUUAAAAAAAAAUUAAUUUUUCCAUUACUCUUAUAGCUGGGAACACUUGAUUUUGAUCUUUGCAUUUUUGGCUAUACUGUUUCUAGUUUUUCAUGUAUGAGCUAAAUUUCAACAAUUUUUCUUUUUUUUUUCCUUUUAACACCACAGAUUGAUUUCAUUUACGCCAAGUCAUUUAUGCUUGAACCAAAUAACAUGUACCAUAAUGUAACCUGUAGAAAUUACAAAAAAGUGUUUUAUAUAUUAUUGAGCGUGGAUAUCAAUAAUUAUUAUAGUCUCAUCCUAUAUAAAAUGUUGCUAUACAUUCUAAUAUGAUUUUAUGGUUUGCAGGAUAAUUAGCAUCAUUAUUAAAGAAGUUGAAAGUAGCAUCUCAAAAAAUCUGCUUCUUGCAAACUUCAGAAUGGGUCCUUUACCUACUCUUUGCGAGAAAUUUGUGGAGCUUGUAGAG